GUCCUAGAUGACAGUCCUACGAUUUGAAUUUUAGGACAUCAAACUUUAACUUUAAUCUUGAACCUUAAUCCUGAAGUUGAGGGGGAACCAUCAAUUCUUCCAACAAGCCGACGAUUAAAUUUGUAUGGGAAAUAUUUUGGCGCUAGCAAGACAUGGGUCAGCCGACGAUUAAAACUGACAUCAGCCGACGAUUAGCGUUCUGGGCGCUAUGAUAGUUACAGUAAGUUCAAAAUAGGUAAGGUUAUGAAAGAAAUGAUUGCAAAUCGAUUGAUACUAAUAUCAGUCUAUGAACUGGCAAUAUUGGUAGCUGCGCAGUAUAUUUGCUUCAAGAUCAUUUUCUUUGAUCGUUGUUGGGCGACAGGGUUCGUGAACAUGGAUCAGUCUAUCACGGCCAAUGAGAAAACGUUCUUGACUUACAAAGUGCAAUAUUGCUGUAGCCAUAUGUCUCAUCACAUUCAGCUCGAGAACUGCCGACUCAAAAUAAAGAGGUUGGAGGAAGGGAUUAAUACUAUGUAGUUGCCAAUAUAGUUUAGAGGUUAAAGGAAGACUUUAAUCUCAUCAAUUUUAGUUGCAAUGGAGUAUUUUAUAUACGAUCCAGAAUUCCGACUUCUCUGCUGCCGCAUGUGCUGUUGUUUAUAUUGCGCAGUAGUGCUGUGUGAAAAUAUUAU